CACAGACUGCCUGUCAGCACUAGAAUAACGCAAUUAAUGAUAACAUCUACAGUGUAUCUCCCAUCCGAAGUCCAGCAAGAAAUAUAUCCCGACCUUAACCGCUUCGGGGAUGUGGUUCUGUCCAGGAAAGUCCUCGAUUGGGUCGCGGAUUCAGAGAAGAACCUCCCAUAUCUGAAGACAUGGGACACGUUUGGAAAGAGGCGUGAUGAGCUUAUCACAAGUGAGGGAUGGAGGAAUCUUCAGGACCUGGGCAUUGAGGAGGGGAUAGUGGCUAUCCCCUUCGAGAACAAGCACAAGGAAUUCAGCCGAGUGCACCAAUUUAUCAAAUACCAUCUUUGGACCGCCUCCAAUUCCUCCGUAACAUGCCCGUCGGCCAUGACCGACGGCGCCGCAAGAUUCCUAUCGCGGCAAAUGGAAUCCCCAACCCUCUCCCCUGAACUCCGCCCCAUCCUCCAAUCCGCCUACUCACGCCUUACUUCGCGCUCCCCCUCCAAAGCCUGGACAUCCGGGCAAUGGAUGACCGAGCGUCCUGGUGGCUCUGACGUCUCUUUCACCGAGACGCUCGCCACGCCCGCAGCGUCUCCCAUCUCCGCCAAGUCCAUCGACGGCAGCCCGCUAGGAUCCUGGUCCAUCAACGGCUUCAAAUGGUUCAGCAGCGCCACUGACGCCCAGAUGACGAUCCUUCUUGCGCGCACCCCGGAGGGGAAGCUAAGCACCUUCUUUGCGCCGAUGCGGCGCACCACCGACGGAGUUGAGACCGAGCUCAACGGCGUGACGAUCCAGCGACUGAAGAACAAGCUGGGCACGAAGUCGCUGCCGACGGCGGAGUUGGUGGUCAAGGAUAUGCGCGCGCAUCUAAUGGGUGAGGCAGGUAAUGGUAUCCGUGAGAUCUCAACGAUCUUGAAUAUCACUCGCGUGCAUAAUUCGGUGACGGCGGUCGGGGCGUGGGGACGCGGGCUGGCAAUUAAGCGGGCAUUUGCGAGGGUGAGAAAGGUCGCUGGGGGAAGGAGACUGAUUGAUAUGCCCAGUCAUAUUGCGGUGAUGGCGAGGGAUGAGGUCGAGUAUCGGGGAUGGAUGCAUCUUUCGUUCUUCACAGUUUUGUUGCUUGGAAUCUCGGAACAGGGAUCGGCAAGCUCUGGGAAGGGAGUUGACGCGGCGCUGGUUCCGGAUGCGAAGGAUGUGACGAAGUUGCUGAGAGUGUUGACGCCUGUGCUGAAGGCGGGGAGUGCUAAGGCUUGCAUUACUGGAUUGCAGGAGUGCGUUGAGGGGUUGGGCGGGGUGGGAUACUUGGAGAAUGAGGAGAUGGAUUUGAAUGUGGCAAAAAUUUACCGGGACUCUAAUGUGCUGAGUAUCUGGGAGGGUACGACGGAGACUCUGAGCUGGGAUUUGGUGAAGAUUGUGAAGGGACGCAGUGGCAACGAGGUGCUUGAGGCCCUGGCUAGGUGGAUCGGUGGCGCCAAGGUCGGGUUUGAUGGUCAAAGUAGGUGGGAGCAAUGGGCUGCGAAUGUGAGGGAGAAGAGCGAGGAAGAGUUGAUUAUUGAUGGAAGGGAGGUGCUGCUUGAACUUGCGAGAGUUGUAGGGGCAGUGUUGUUGGAAAUCGAUGCGAGGAGGGACGGAGAUGAGGUUGCCAAGGAGGUAGCAAAGCGUUGGUUAGCCGGUCCCACCGACUGGAAAGCUCAGGGGUCGGGAAGUCUGAAGGAGAGGGUUAGGAUGAACAGUAAGAUCAGCUUUGGGGAAGCCCCAAGUGAUGCGGCUUCGAAAUUGUAAGACGAGCGUUACAGCCAGGGGUAGUUGGCGCUUAAUUUUGAUAAGCUCGCAGUAAGCUUCUAUGUAAAUAAGAGCAACAUAUUGUAAAUUCCAAAUCAGUGUUGU